UUCACUGGUGUAAAUAUGCAUCGUAACCUGUUUUUAAUUUCGCCGGGAAAAUGACACGUGUUUUAUGGCUUGAUAGAUUCAGUUCUUAGUGUGUUAGAUCGAUAACAAUAAGUAUAAUUAAUUACGAGGAUAUAAACUUACACAAUGGGUGACACAAAUACGGAAGCUAAGGAAACAGCCAAUACGGCGGGCAACGAGAAAAAUCCAUACGCGUAUCUCGAGAGGGAGGAUUUCACGUCUGAGAAAUACAAGAUAGAAGUUCGUGGUUUACCGAAAUAUUACGGAAUCGGCGAGUUCAAGAAGCUUUUGAACGAAAAGUUCGACUUGCAGUCAUGCAAGGUUAAGCCACCGAGGAAAGGCAGUGGCUGGUUAUAUGUAUGUUUCAGAAGUGAAGAAUGCCGGCAACGAGCGAUAAAUACCAUAAAUGGGAUUUUAUGGAAAAAUAGUAAGCUCACUGCACAGGUAGCAAAGCCAGCACCAGAUCCCUUUGUAAAAAGAAAAUUGGAAGAAGAAACUGCCAGUAAACGCUUGAAAAACAAUGAAGAGGAUCAAGAUCGUUCCCCCAUGGAACGAAUCAAGUUUUCUACCACUCCUUUGUGGAAUAUGCCAUAUGCAAGUCAGCUAGAAUUUAAGCAGAAUGAGAUGAGAUCCAUUCUAAUGAAAAUCGGUCAGCAAAUACUCAAAGAGAGUAAAAUAUCGACUGAUUGGAUAAACUCACAAAGGAAAUUACAUAAUGGAUUGCCGUGCGAACUGCAAGAUAUCCUCUCAGCUGAUGUCACUGAAGCGUACAGGAAUAAGUGCGAAUUUACUAUCGGUAAAGGGGGUGAGCAGAACGAAAUUAUGAUAGGGUUCAGAUUGUCGAGUUACGCUUCCGGUUCAACUGCAGUCGGACCUAUCGAUGAUCUAUGCCAUAUUCCUCAAAAUAUGAAGACCGCUAUGAAGAUAUUGGAAACGUUCAUACGCAAAUCCGAUCUCGAGCCUUUCAAUCCGGUGGAUCAUAGCGGGUAUUGGCGGCAGGUUACCGCUCGCACCACCCGCGCCGAUCACCUGAUGCUGAUAGUCGGGAUUCACCCUCAGGAUCUGAGCAGCGACGAACUGGAGAAGCUGCGGUCGCAGCUGCGAACGUUCUUCGAGAUGGGAGAGGGCGCGGACGCGCGCGUCACUUCGCUGUAUUUUCAAACGAUAGAUAAGAAAGGUAUAGGCGGCGAGAGUAGCGACACGCUGUAUCACAUCAGCGGCACGGAGUAUAUCGAGGAGACGCUGCUCGGCAUGAAAUUUCGAGUCUCGCCCCAGGCAUUUUUCCAAGUGAACACUUUGGGGGCGGAAGUGCUAUACAAAGCAGCGAUCGAUCUCGCCGGGCCUACGGCGGACACGGCGUUGCUCGACGUCUGCUGCGGUACCGGCACUAUAGGUCUCUGUUUCUCGAAGCAUUGCGGCGAGGUGCUGGGAAUAGAGGUGAUUGCCGACGCCAUAAAGGAUGCGAAAGAGAACGCGAUCAAGAACGGCGUGACAAAUUGCGAAUUCUUCGUCGGGAGAGCCGAGGACAUUUUAUCGCCCGUCAUUCAAAGGGCAACGAGGUCUAAUAUCACCGCCGUCGUGGACCCGCCACGCGCUGGCUUACAUCAAAAGGCUUUAUUGACGCUGCGCAAGGCGAAAAAGUUGAGCAGGUUGGUGUACAUAUCGUGCGACCCGCGCGCCGCUACGAGGAAUUUAGUUGACUUAGCGCGACCCAGUUCGAAGCAAUAUCUCGGUGAACCCCUGGUGCCGGUAAAGGCCAUCGCGGUGGACAUGUUCCCUCACACUAAACAUUGCGAAUUGAUAUUGUGCCUUGAGAGGCUGUCGCAGGCGAUGAAAUCAAACGAACGCAUGACCUAAGGAGGACAAGAGAGAACGCGGACUAUUCUUUUUUUUUUUUUUUACCUCGACUCGUUCGCGCUUCGCUCAUGGUUUUUCUAUUACAUUUUUUAUAUCGAGCUUGGCGGCAUUCAGGUCUGCAUUUAGACCCAAGUGCGUCUCACCGCAUGUGUUACACGCAUAAAGGAAAUGUUUUCACCUGUUUUCCUCGUGGAGAGGUAGAUCAAGAUAAUUGGUUAAGCGAUUGCGAACUCUUACAUGAGCGCGCGAGUCACAGUCUCUGUGUGCGUUUGAAUAAUUCUAUAUAUUUAGUAUAAUAAUCUUAUUUAGUAUAAUAAAAAUAUAAUAAAAAUAAUAUAUAUAUAUAUAUAUAUAUAUAUAUAUAUAUAUAUAUAUAUAUCGAUAACGUUGAUAUCGCACGCAACGUAGUCUGAACGAAUACAUUUCCAAUCGUUACCAAUGAAAGAACGAGCGAAUAUUACAUUCAGAAAUCGAGAGAGAGAUCGCAAAAAUCAAGAGAACUGUGUCAUGACUUCUCCCGAAUAGCGCGUUAUCGAUAUAUCCCGAGAGACGAGCAGAGAAACUUGCGUGAUUCGAGCUUAAGGCUAGGGUUAUCACAUCCGUUCCAAUUUUUAGCAAGAAGCUUUUUCAGCGCCACGAAAUUAUAUCAGGCUUGUUUAGUUAUAUCAUAAAUCCGGACGUCGACUUGAUUAUUGGUACGUCACAAAUGGCAUGCAGCAUCGGCAGCGGAACGGCUCCGUUUUCCUUCUCGCAAACAUCGCCUCGCGACAUCUCGCGAUACCUCGAAGAGCGUUACUUUUAUCUGUCCGAUAUUACGGCGGAAGCGUUCGUUACAUGAAGACGCUUCCGUACAUCGCGUCGAAAUGUCGUAGAUACGCUCUUUUCGGAUAAUGCGAUAGUCCAUUAUGUAACGCGGAAAGUUAGCGGAACCAUUGCAAGAAUAUUCGCGUGCGUCCGUAUCUCUUCGUGUCUUCGGGAUGGGAAAAAGAGGCACCACGAAAAUCGAGAGAUCGGCGCAUGUCGGAUGCGAUUUCCCGGAUCUAUGUGUGGACCCUGGGAAAAAUUAUAUUUAAUUAUAUAAAAUCAUAUGUGAAUUUUGCCCAUAUAUAUAUAUAUAUAUAUAUAUAUAUAUGUGGUUACUUGUAUGAUCAUGUGUGAUCAUAUCUAUACGAAAAAAAUGAUAUUACGUCAUUUAAUUAAAUGUCGAUAUCAUGUGCUGUCAAAAGCAU